CGCCGCCGCGGUGUCGGUGCAAUAAAAAUGCAUCCCGUGAAACUGCCCAUGGAGAAAGACGAGACGGAGCCUGGGGAGCAGCAGCAAGCGGAGGCGGCGGGACGCGAGCGGGACGCCCAGGCGGCGGCGGCGGCCGGGAAGUGAAAGGUCUCGGAAAGUUCAGCGGCCGCGGCGGCGGCGGCGGCCAGGGAGCGAGGAGCGAGCGAACGGCCGGCGCUGGGCGGGAGGCGGCUCGGCUAUGCUCCGGGCAGCGCCCGCUCUGCCCGGGCCCCGCCAGCCGCUGCCGCGGCGUGCCCGAGGGAGCCGCAGCAUCCCGGCGCCCUAGACGGAGACGAGCCCCGCGCCCGCCGCCUGCGCCCGGCCAUGGGCAGCUGCGCCCGCCUCCUGCUCUUCUGGGGCUGCUCGGCCGUGGCCGCAGGACUGAGUGGUGUAACUGGAGUCAGUUCCCACUGUGAAAAGGCAUGUAACCCUCGGAUGGGAAAUUUGGCUCUUGGGAGGAGACUCUGGGCAGAUACUACCUGUGGCCGGAACUCCACGGAGCUGUACUGCUCCUACAGUGAGAAUACUGACCUGACUUGCAGGCCGCCCAAGUGUGACAAGUGCAAUGCUGCGCACCCUCACCUGGCUCACCCGCCCUCCUCCAUGGCCGACUCAUCCUUCCGGUUUCCUCGUACUUGGUGGCAGUCAGCUGAAGAUGCUCACAGGGAGAAGAUCCAGCUGGACCUUGAGACUGCAUUCUAUUUCACUCACUUGAUUAUGGUGUUUAAGUCACCCAGACCGGCAGUCAUGGUUCUAGAGCGAUCACAAGAUUUUGGGAAAACUUGGAAACCUUACAAGUAUUUUGCCGCCAACUGCUCUGCUACCUUUGGCCUAGAAGAUGAUGUUUUUGAGAAAGGAGCCAUUUGUACUUCAAGAUACUCCAGUCCCUUUCCCUGUACCCGUGGAGAGGUCAUCUACAGAGCUCUGUCCCCACCACAUUUUGCUGAGGAUCCGUACAGUGCCAAAGCCCAAGAACAGUUAAAGAUCACCAAUCUUCGCGUACAGCUGCUGAAGCGCCAGCCUUGUCCCUGCCAAGGCAAUGACCUAAACACAAAGCCCCAACAUUUCACACACUACGCCAUUUAUGAUUUCAUCGUCAAGGGCAGCUGCUUCUGUAAUGGCCACGCUGACCGCUGUGGGCCUGUAGAUGGCUUCCGACCUGUCAAGGUGGCUGGAGCAUUCCAAGUGGUGCAUGGAAAGUGUACGUGUAAGCACAACACCGCAGGCUCCCACUGCCAGCGCUGUGCCCCCCUCUACAACGACCGGCCCUGGCAGGCUGCAAACGGCAAGACGGGGGCCCCGAACGAAUGCAGAACCUGCAAGUGCAAUGGCCAUGCUGACACAUGUCACUUUGACAAGGAUGUAUGGCGAGCAUCAGGAAAUCGGAGCGGAGGAGUGUGUGACAACUGUCAGCACAACACCGAAGGCCAGCACUGCCAGAGGUGCAAGCCAGGCUUCUACCGGGACCUGCGGAGACCCUUCUCUGCUCCAGAUGCCUGCAAAUUGUGUUCCUGUCACCCCAUUGGGUCAGCUGUCCUUCCCUUCAGCUCAGCAGCCUUCUGUGACCCCAGCAAUGGGGACUGCCCUUGCAAACCUGGUGUGGCAGGCCCUCACUGUGACAAGUGCAUGGUAGGAUACUGGGGUUUGGGAGAAUAUGGCUGCCGACCGUGUGACUGUGCAGGAAGCUGUGACCCCCUCACAGGGGACUGCAUCAGCAUCAGCAGCAGCACAGACAUUGACUGGUACCAUGAACUUCCAGACUUCCACCCUGUGUUGAACCAGAGUGAACCAGCCUGGGAAUGGGAGGAUGAACAAGGAUUCUCAGCUCUUCGACAUUCAGGCAAAUGUGAAUGUAAAGAACAGUCAUUAGGAAAUCCCAAAAUCUUCUGUGGAAUGAAGUAUUCAUAUGUGCUAAAAAUAAAGAUUUUAUCAGCUCACGAUAAAGGCUCUCAUGCUGAAGUCAAUGUGAAGAUCAAAAAAGUGUUGAAAUCCACCAAAUUAAAGAUUCUACGAGGAAAGAGAACACUCUACCCAGAAUCCUGGACCAACAGAGGCUGCACUUGCCCGAUCCUUAAUCCUGGUUUGGAGUACCUUAUUGCAGGACACGAAGAUGUCAGAACAGGCAGACUAGUUGUGAAUAUGAAAAGUUUUGUCCAGCACUGGAAACCAGCACUUGGAAGAAGAGUCAUGGAGAUUCUAAAAAGAGAUUGCAAGUAACAGCAAAGGUGUGUGGUCCCCAACAGCAUUUCUUUAUGUAUAAAUGCAAACUUAAUGGAAAGGAGACCUUAAAAAUGAAACUGGAAUGUAACAAAGUGCCAAAAUGCAUAGAGAAGUGUUGCAACACAUAGGUUUCAUCUGAUCCUUUCUUUGGCAAAUGCUUAAAUUAUAUACGAUAACUUCUUUGGGAAAAGUUGAUGAUUAUUUGCAAAAAAAAAAAAAAAAAGGAUGGAAAGUUGAACCAGGGGUUGAUAACUGGCCUCUAUGGGACUGAUUCUGAAAUUCAUAUAUAAUGGGAAGCGCUAUAAUAGCAUCAUACUAUUUUACAGUUAUCCAUUAAGAGCAGUGUGUCUGAUUAAGACCUACCAGCAUCCAAGAUGUUGCUUGCAUUUCAUACUAUUUAAAGUCUUUAGCAGGACUUCAACCAAGCACCCCCAGGACCUUGUGUCAGCAAAGGUGUUUCUUAAAAGAGCCUUAUUUUGUUCACUGUGUAUGAACUUUGGUCCGUAAGGUGUUAAAUGAAUCCUCUCCACAUGUAAAUAAUCUUUCCUUGUAUAAAGCACUUUACUGCCUACCACUUUGUGAUGUGGAAGUUUGGAGUUUUUACUGAGGGAAGGGAAAGAAGAUAAUGGGGGUGGGGUUAGGGUGGGGGAGGAAUCUACAGGAACUGAAGCACCCCACACACACACCAUCUAAGUGUGGAAUGAAACGUGACAGUGAAAAAAAAAGUGUCCACUGAACACUUGGGGAAACUUUUUGAAGAAGCAAUCUUAAAUAAAUAAAUGUUUGCACUGAAGUACCGGCUUCAGACCAGUGUUCAGAUUCUACAGAUAUUCAUUGUGAUGAAAAUUUUAAAAAAAUAAAUUAAACAAGAAAAGACUUUAAAACAAGAUGAUAUGAUCAUCAAUAGAGAACUCCGCCUGGAUAAAAUGAAACAGACCUUAAAGAGAAACCCACUUAUUCAACUGCACAAGCCAGCAAUUAAAAAAAAUUGUGGAUGCGGAAUUUAUUUUAUUUCUGUGGUUAGUGUUUGUCUCCACAUUAAAUUGGUUUCCUCCAUGUCUUUA